GAAAGAAAAAAAAAGAUGGCCUUGACUUUGAAGUCUUUAAUAACUCCUUUGCUUUUGGGUGCUUUCUUUAUCCUGAUCUUACAGGUUGCUGCAGAGAAGCCAAUAUCUGAAGCUAAACUUGAAUCUGCAAUCCUUCAAGACUCGAUCGUCAAACAAGUCAAUGAGAAUGCCGAAGCUGGAUGGAAAGCUGCAUUCAACCCUCAAUUAUCGAAUUUCACGGUUUCCCAAUUUAAGCGCCUUCUUGGAGUUAAGCCUGCAAGAGAAGGUGAUUUGGAGGGAAUUCCUGUUCUAACUCAUCCAAAACUUAAGGAGUUGCCAAAAGAGUUUGAUGCACGAAAGGCUUGGCCUCAAUGCAGCACAAUUGGAAAAAUUCUAGAUCAGGGACAUUGCGGUUCUUGUUGGGCUUUUGGUGCUGUUGAGUCGCUGUCUGAUCGUUUCUGUAUCCAUUAUAAUUUGAGUAUCUCUCUGUCUGUAAAUGAUCUGUUAGCGUGCUGUGGCUUUUUAUGCGGGAGUGGUUGUGAUGGUGGAUAUCCUAUAGCAGCAUGGCGAUACUUUAAACGUAGGGGAGUGGUCACAGAAGAGUGUGAUCCUUACUUCGACACUACUGGAUGUUCCCACCCUGGUUGCGAACCGCUAUACCCUACUCCAAAAUGUCAUAGGAAGUGUGUCAAGGGGAACGUGUUGUGGAGGAAAUCAAAGCACUACGGUGUCAAUGCUUACAGGGUCAGCCAUAAUCCCCAGAGUAUCAUGGCGGAAGUUUACAAAAAUGGACCAGUUGAGGUCUCUUUUACUGUCUACGAGGAUUUUGCUCACUACAAAUCAGGAGUUUACAAGCAUGUUACAGGGGGAAACAUGGGAGGCCACGCUGUUAAGCUUAUCGGAUGGGGAACUAGUGAGCAAGGAGAGGACUAUUGGCUCAUUGUUAAUUCUUGGAAUAGAGGCUGGGGUGAAGAUGGAUACUUCAAGAUCAGGAGAGGAACAAAUGAGUGUGGCAUUGAACAUAGUGUGGUUGCAGGAUUGCCUUCAGCAAGAAAUUUGAAUGUGGAACUUGGUGAUGCUGUCCUUAAUGCCUCAAUGUAAAAUUGAUAUUUCUUCAACAAGUACAUAACAUAAUAAUUCUAGCAAUAUGAUACUGGGGACAAGGAAAAACCUUAUGAAUUGCAUAUUUAUCUUGUUGAUUUAAUCUGUAUGAUUCAUAAUUAAUACUUGUUCUAAUAGUCACUUUUCACUUUUCAA